AUGCGCUCCGCUCCCUGCUCCGCACGCGGUCGGCCGGUUUCCGGCAGAGGCCGCGCUCUCACAGGGCGGCGGCGGCGCCGGGAGCGGGGCGGGCCGGGCCACCGGUUCCUUUUUCCCUCCCCACCUCCAUCCCUCCCCCAGCUUGGGCUGCGGCGGCGGCGGGGGAAAAUGCAGGCGGAGCGUGGGGCCCGGGGCGGCCGGGGGCGGCGGCGGCCAGAACGUGAUCGGGACCGGCCGGGUCAGGGGCCUGAGCCGGGGCCCAGUGCGGCUGCGAGAGGCGGCGGCGACGGAGGAGGCCGAGGAGGCUGGGACCGAAGCCGAAGCCGAGGCCGAGGCCGGGGUGGCCGCGGGGGUCGUGGAGGCCGGGGAGGCGGCGGCGCCUCUGCACACGGGACCCAGCUGGGAGGCCGCCGGGAGCAGCAAGGCCGGGGCUCAGGGCCCAGAGAGCUGGUGGAAGGUGAUGAUGCUGAAAGCUAUGAAGAAGAGAACAACGAAUGGGGAAAUUAUUCAAGAAGGAAAAUUGUCUCUAACUGGGAUCGAUAUCAAGAUUUUGAGAAAGAAGCAGAAAAUGAAAGUGGGGAAUCACAAAGAGGGACAGAUUUCAGUGUUCUGCUUAGCUCUGCAGGUGACUCCUUCUCACAGUUUCGUUUUGCAGAGGAAAAAGAAUGGGAUACCGAAGCUUCAUCUCCUAAACAACUCUCAGCCUUUUAUGUGGACUGCGAGGCACUGGUCCGAGCCCUUCAAGAACUGCCUCUGUCGUUCCGGCUGAAUGUGGCUGCUGAGUUAGUCCAGGCUACAGCUCCUCUAGAACUUCCUCAGAUGAAACCAAAGAAAAUGGAAGAUAGCAAGGGCCUGGCUGCGCACAUGAGAUGGCCUGUGGGGCCAGGCUCUGAUGUCAUCUCCGAUGCUGCCAACCGUCCAGCGUCCACAGGGAAGGAUGGACCUCGGCCAUGUUCUUCAGAAGCUUUUCAAAAAAUCACUCCACCGCUGCAGCAAACUGUUGACCAUCUAGAUGAAGAACUUGAUCUUUUGCUAAAUCUAGAUGCUCCAAUAAAAGAGGAACAUAAUGCUCUCACAGCUCAGACCUAUCAAGAUCCCAAAGCCAAGAAAGACGGAAGGAUGGUCCAGGAGGAGAAUGUUCCUGAAAAACUCUCUGUGACUAAAGAAAAGAAAUUGGAAUCUAAGCAACCAGCAUGUACAUCCAAAAAUGUUACUGAGGAAGAGCUUGAAGAUUGGCUGGACAGCAUGAUUUCCUAAAAAAAAAAAAAAUUAUACCUGAAGAGAUAGAUAGAGCUGGCAUGUUACUUUAUGGGUGGAUUAAAGGGAGACAUGAAUGAGGCAGUCCUUCAGGAAGAGCUAUUUAUAGCAUACCCCAAAUCAGCAUCCCAGCAUGGUGUGCUUCCCUCUAUAUUUCAGAUAACAGCUGGCAUAAUCAAUUAUUGAGGCUCAUUCCAAUCAUUUUCUGGCAGAAUUCUAAUAAACCAACUUCCUUAAGCAAGUGUAAUGCCACUCCCCAUCCCAUGGACUUCCUGUCCACUGUUAGUAAAAUCCAGUUCCACUUGGCCUUCAGUGUUUGUUUACAGAAAAUUAGGUUCUGCCAAGUAACAGGAUUGACAAGAACAAGGUAUGACUGGUGUCUAUGUGCAUAAUAAAUUAUAAAUGCUGGUAAACUAUUUCCCCCCUCA